UUAGGACUGCGGACAGAACCUCUGGCCAGGAGGGACUUCGAGCAGCAAUUUGGUGUUGCAGUCGUAGAGGUUGGCCUGCUCCUGCAUCCGGACCAGCCAUGGCUUUGCGGAAGUCCCGACGGCAUUUUUAAGUUCAUCGAUGAAACAUGCUUGCUCGAGGUGAAAUGCCCGUAUAAAUGCAAGGACAAAAAAAUACUUGAUGCCUCAGGGCAAAGCAUUGUACGUUAUCUGCAGUGUGCUGAUAACAAGAUAAUGCUAAAAGAGUCCCACAGAUACUACACACAGGUUCAGAUCCUGCUGUACCUGCUAAAUGCGAGAGAGUGUUUUUUUUUCGUUUACUCUAGCAAGCAGAACAUCACAGUUCGUGUGGCCAAAGAUGAUGCCUUUCUUCAGCAAGCAGUUCCUGCUUUGGAAGAUUUCUACUUUAAGUGGUUUCUACCUGCCCUUGCUAAGCAGUGA